GCAAAAUGUGCGCUGCGAGUCACGCAAUACUCGACCGGCAUAAUGAAAUACAGUCUGGACAGUUUAUGAUUAGCAAACUGGAGGACUCUGAAAGCGAGUCCGAGGACGUUGAUGGCCAACUACUGGAAGAUUCGGAUCAUGUCAGCUCAGAGCGAGCCAAUGGUCUGCCCGAGUUCGAUAGUUUGCAGUCGCUUUUCAAAUGCUUGAGUGUUGCCUACGUGGAGAAUCUCACCUCCCCGCGCUGGAGCCACUUUAAGGGCGCAAAAUUUGCGCUGAAGAACAAAAUCCGUCUGAAUAACAUUAUUUGGCGAGAAUAUCACAUGCAAUAUGUGAAACAGCUGCGGCCCAUCAUUGUCCAGUUCCAAGUUCCACUCUGCGAUCCACUGCACAAUAAAGCUGAGGGCAUCGUGAUGGAGGGAAAAUUUUGGAAGAGACACACAAAAACACUUUGUAAUGAGUAUCGCCGGUGGAGGACCUUCUUCCGCGACCUGAAGUUGAGUAAGGAUAGGAAACCAGGGGCUGUACUAACAGCCGACCACGAGGCAGCCGCAUUGGAUUUCCAAAAUGCAUGCGAAUAUACCCCCAAGCCUUCAUUCCUUGAUGACUUCGAUCUGGCUAAUGAUAUCCUAAGGUCACCCAAUGCGAUUGAUCCGAACCUGCUGGAUGAGCUAAUGAUGGAUUUUGAGGGCAGUCUGGAUCAACCGGUGCCUCCCUCAAAUAUUGAUAGCAGCCCCUCACUGGAUGCCUCCUUUCAACUUCCCUGCAACGCCGAUUUUAAUGCCUCUUCCCAGUUGGCUCUACCCAACGCCACAUCAAGCCAGUCUCAUCCACAGACAGCCAACCAGAUCUUCUCUCCCUCUCAACAGUUCCCCCAGCGCCUGAAAGCCUGCGGUGGUUCCCUUUCGCCCCCCUAUUCACCUCAGCAGUCUAAUCAGGCCAUAGGAGUGGCUAGCAGCAAAAACCUCCGUGGCCGACACUCAGUGGGCAAGAAAGUGCAAUUUGGUGAGGCGAGUGUUAAUCGUGUCAGUCUGAUACAGAGCACUUCAUCUGAUCCCUGCGCCUGUAUGAACAGACCAGGACCUGAUCAGACCUAUCCCUUCCCCUCCCUUAAACGCCAGCUGACAUCCACCCUGCCCUCGUCCAAACUCACAGAGCAAGUGACGGAGAAAGCG